CUGGAGAAGAAAAAACCGCUGCUCGCCUGAACAGCUUUAGCCCCUCGGUUUAUAAAAAUAAAAGCACGUUAUUGUGUCUGGCUCUGAGGAUUUAAAACCCUGAGGUAAGUUAAACUGAAGGUGUGUGAAGACAUGAACACAGACACAUCCAAAGAUGGAGGGACGUCAGAAGUCCGUGUGAAGAAAGAGGAGACGCUGGAGCUGAAUAUCUCCAACCAUGGAGACGACCUUGACAACCCACCUGAAUGUCUUUCCAUUAACAUGGAAGAUCAUGACAAUAAAGACCACCUCUACUGUGAAGUUUGCAAAUCCUUCUUCUUCAACAAAUGUGAGGUUCAUGGACCGCCCCUCUUCAUCUCAGAUACUCCUGUUCCCAUGGGAGUCUCUGACCGAGCCAGACAAACUCUUCCUCCUGGGCUAGAAAUCAAGAAGUCCAGUAUUCCUGACGCAGGCCUGGGAGUGUUUAAUAAGGGGGAGACGAUUCCAGUAGGUGCACACUUUGGACCCUACCAGGGAGAGCUGGUAAACCGAGAGGAAGCCAGGAAAAGUGGAGACUCCUGGGUUAUAUACAGGAGCAUGCAGUGUGAAAAAUACAUCGACACCAAAAGAGAGAUGCAUGUGAAUUGGAUGAGGUAUGUGAAUUGUGCCCAUAAUAAUAAAGAACAGAAUCUUGUGGCAUUUCGGUAUCGAGGGGGAAUUCUGUAUCGUUGCUGUCGACCCAUUAACCCAGGACAGGAGCUCUUGGUGUGGUAUGAAGAGGAGGGCACCAAAGAACUCAGUCCUGCACCUACAGGAACAACCAGACAGAAAGAAGUAAAGAACACUUUGCUGCAAGUCUUUUCCUGCUCCACAUGUCCUCGUUCCUGUGCAUCUCAAAUUUUCCUUGACCAGCGCAUCCAGAGAUACCACGAUGAAGAGUCUGUGAGACUUCAGGAAUCAAGAGAGAUUAAAUAUGAACUUCAAAUCCCCUCCAAAUGCUCCAGUAGUCAGCCAACAUCAACUGAUGCUUUCAGUUCUGACACUUCUCAUAAUGAUGUAGAGAAGGAAAUUCACCACAGCUCAGACUGUGGAAAAAGUUUUGGUCAUCAGAAUGCACUCAAAUGGAACCAGUGCAGUCACAAAGGAGUAAAGCCACAUGACUACUCACAGUGUGGGAAGAGUUUUACUGAACAGAGUGCUCUCCAACGACACCAGCGCAUUCACACAGGAGAGAAGCCAUAUCACUGCUCACAGUGUGGGAAGAGUUUUACUCAUCAGAGUGCUCUCCAACGACACCAGCGCAUUCACACAGGAGAGAAGCCGUAUCACUGCUCACAGUGUGGGAAGAGUUUUACUCAGCAGAGUGAUCUCCAACGACACCAGCGCAUUCACACAGGAGAGAAGCCGUAUCACUGCUCACAGUGUGGGAAGAGUUUUACUCAGCAGAGAGAUCUCCAACGACACCAGCGCAUUCACACAGGAGAGAAGCCGUAUCACUGCUCACAGUGUGGGAAGAGUUUUACUCGUCAGAGUACUCUCCAAACACACCAGCGCAUUCACACAGGAGAGAAGCCGUAUCACUGCUCACAGUGUGGAAAGAGUUUUACUCAUCAGAGUGAUCUCCAAAAACACCAGCGCAUUCACACAGGAGAGAAGCCGUAUCACUGCUCACAGUGUGGGAAGAGUUUUACUUGUCAGAGUGCUCUCCAACAACACCAGCGCAUUCACACAGGAGAGAAGCCGUAUCACUGCUCACAGUGUGGGAAGAGUUUUACUCAUCAGAGUACUCUCCAAAAACACGAGCGCAUUCACACAGGAGAGAAGCCGUAUCACUGCUCACAGUGUGGGAAGAGUUUUACUCAUCAGAGUGCUCUCCAACAACACCAGCGCAUUCACACAGGAGAGAAGCUGUAUCACUGCUCACAGUGUGGGAAGAGUUUUACUCAUCAGAGUACUCUCCAAAAACACGCGCGCAUUCACACAGGAGAGAAGCCGUAUCACUGCUCACAGUGUGGGAAGAGUUUUACUCAUCAGAGUGCUCUCCAAACACACCAGCGCAUUCACACAGGAGAGAAGCCGUAUCACUGCUCACAGUGUGGGAAGAGUUUUACUUGUCAGAGUGAUCUCCAAAAACACCAGCGCAUUCACACAGGAGAGAAGCCGUAUCACUGCUCACAGUGUGGGAAGAGUUUUACUUGUCAGAGUGAUCUCCAAAAACACCAGCGCAGUCACACAGGAGAGAAGCCGUAUCGCUGCUCACAGUGUGGGAAGAGUUUUACUCAUCAGAGUAAUCUCCAACAACACCAGCGCAUUCACACAGGAGAGAAGCCGUUUCACUGCUCACAGUGUGGGAAAAGUUUUACUCAUCAGAGUGCUCUCCAAACACACCAGCGCAUUCACACAGGAGAGAAGCCGUUUCACUGCUCACAGUGUGGGAAGAGUUUUACUCAGCAGAGUGCUCUCCAAACACACCAGCGCAUUCACACAGGAGAGAAGCCGUAUCACUGCUUACAGUGUGGGAAGAGUUUUACUCAGCAGAGUCAUCUCCGACUACACCAGCGCAUUCACACAGGAGAGAAGCCGUAUCACUGCCCACAGUGUGGGAAGAGUUUUACUCAUCAGAGUAAUCUCCGACUACACCAGCGCAUUCACACAGGAGAGAAGCCGUAUCACUGCCCACAGUGUGGGAAGAGUUUUACUCAUCAGAGUACUCUCCGACUACACCAGCGCAUUCACACAGGAGAGAAGCCGUUUCACUGCUCACAGUGUGGAAAGAGUUUUACUUUUCAGAGUGCUCUCCGACUACACCAGCGCAUUCACACAGGAGAGAAGCCGUAUCACUGCUCACAGUGUGGGAAGAGUUUUACUCAUCAGAGUGCUCUCCAAACACACCAGCGCAUUCACACAGGAGAGAAGCCGUAUCACUGCUCACAGUGUGGGAAGAGUUUUACUCAUCAGAGUGCUCUCCUAACACACCAGCGCAUUCACACAGGAGAGAAGCCGUAUCACUGCUCACAGUGUGGGAAGAGUUUUACUCAGCAGAGUGCUCUCCAACAACACCAGCGCAUUCACACAGGAGAGAAGCCGUAUCACUGCUCACAGUGUGGGAAGAGUUUUACUUAUUCAGGUACAUUUAAAACUCACAAGUGCAAUAACUCCGAGACAUUGCAUGCUUUAAAGUUGUCAAAUUAAAUGGUUUUUAUUCAUGCUUUUGCUGAAAAUGUCCUGUACUUUGAUCCUAAUUGUUCAUAUUAAAGGACUUACAUAUUUUAAAACAAUCUUAGUGAUUUUUAAACAAGACUGUUAAUGUUUUCUUUUGAUCUUAUGUAGUUAUUAAGUAGUCAUUAAUUACCACCAUAUAAAUAAUGAUUCAACUGUAACACUAUUAUCAGUGUAGUACUGUAGCAUGAAACUAAAUCUUCAUAGAAUUAUUACGGAGCAGGAGUUUAAUGUACCAUGUUUAACAGAAAUGUGGAUCAAACCAAAUGAGUAUGUCACAUUUAAAUGAAGCUAUAUGCUUCAUUCUCAGCUAUAUGUAUCAGCUUCGUCUAACUGGUAGUGGACAAGGCGUCAUAGUUAUUUGUUAUGAUAACGUAGACAUCAUACAAAAACCUGAACAAAAUUUCAAUAUGAUUGAAGUUCUUUAUAUUAACAUACAUAGCAAAAAAAAUAAGUCUACCCAGUCAGUUCAGCUAAUUAUUUACAGAUCUGUGGUCUGUGUUCUGAAUUUCUUUCUGAAUUUGCGGAUUUCAUCUCAAACUGGUUAUUUCUUUGGACAAAAAAUGAAUUAUUGUCGACUUUAAUAUUCACUUCAUGUUAGGUUUUAUUCCUUUGUAGGAUAGAUUCUGUUCGGUUGAAAUGGCCUUCUGUCUCAGCUAGACAUUGUUUAAGAACAUUUUGCUUGUUUUGAUGUGGGAUGUGUAUUGUUGAUCAGAGAUGUGUCUGGAUAGCGCCAAGGUCUGCAAUGAUGUCAGACCCACUCUCUCUCACUCGCAGCUGCAUAGCCAACGUGUAGUUGGGAUUAAAAGUUAAAUUUAAAGCCAUGAUAUGUUAGUUUUAUAGCUAGGAUUGUGAUUUAAGAUUGGUAGAGUUAACCAGUUUCUUUAAUGUUGAAUCUGAAGUUGAAAUGAUUGAAUGUUGGAUUUAAUGUUAGAUUUAAAGCUCCAUUAAGUGAUU